AUGAAUCACCCCAAACUCCCCAAACUCCCCAAUCACCCCAAACUCCCCAAUCACCCCAAUCACCCCAAACUCCCCAAUCACCCCAAACUCCCCAAUCACCCCAAACUCCCCAAACUCCCCAAUCACCCCAAACUCUCCAAACUCCCCAAUCACCCCAAACUCCCCAAUCACCCCAAUCACCCCAAACUCCCCAAACUCCCCAAUCACCCCAAACUCCCCAAUCACCCCAAACUCCCCAAUCACCCCAAUCACCCCAAACUCCCCAAACUCCCCAAUCACCCCAAACUCCCCAAACUCCCCAAUCACCCCAAACUCCCCAAUCACCCCAAACUCCCCAAACUCCCCAAACUCCCCAAUCACCCCAAACUCCCCAAUCACCCCAAACUCCCCAAUCACCCCAAACUCCCCAAUCACCCCAAACUCCCCAAACUCCCCAAUCACCCCAAACUCCCCAAACUCCCCAAUCACCCCAAACUCCCCAAACUCCCCAAUCACCCCAAACUCCCCAAACUCCCCAAAUUCCCCAAACUCCCCAAUCACCCCAAACUCCCCAAUCACCCCAAACUCCCCAAUCACCCCAAACUCCCCAAACUCCCCAAUCACCCCAAUCACCCCAAACUCCCCAAACACCCCAAACUCCCCAAUCACCCCAAAUUCCCCAAACUCCCCAAUCACCCCAAACUCCCCAAACUCCCCAAUCACCCCAAAUUCCCCAAACUCCCCAAACUCCCCAAUCACCCCAAACUCCCCAAUCACCCCAAACUCCCCAAUCACCCCAAUCACCCCAAUCACCCCAAACUCCCCAAUCACCCCAAACUCCCCAAACUCCCCAAUCACCCCAAACUCCCCAAACUCCCCAAUCACCCUUGGAGAAGCCUCGGUCUGAGUCUGUGUCUGCUGCAGGAGGAGGAGCCUGAAGACAGCGGCUCCAAUGGUUCUGACGACUCCAGCGGAGACAGCGACGAGACCGAGAGCGAGACCACGAGUGACGACAGCGACCUGAGCGAGGAAGAGGAGGAGGAAGAGGAGGAGCCGCUGUCUUUACAGUGGCCGGACACACCCAGGAAACAGGCCACUUACCUGUUCCUGCUGCCAAUCAUCAUCCCCCUCUGGCUCACGGUGCCCGACGUCCGCAACCAGAAAUCUCGGAAGUUCUUUGUGAUGACUUUCCUGGGGUCUAUCGCGUGGAUCGCCAUCUUCUCCUACCUCAUGGUGUGGUGGGCGCAUCAGGUGGGAGAGACCAUCGGGAUCUCAGAGGAGAUCAUGGGCCUCACCAUCCUGGCCGCGGGGACCUCCAUCCCGGACCUCAUCACCAGUGUGAUCGUGGCGCGUAAAGGCCUGGGCGACAUGGCUGUGUCCAGCUCUGUGGGCAGCAACAUCUUCGACAUCACUGUGGGUCUCCCGGUGCCGUGGCUCAUGUACUCCAUCGGUCACGGCUUCGCUCCGGUGGCCGUCAGCAGCAACGGUCUGUUCUGUGCCAUCGUGCUCCUCUUCCUCAUGCUGCUCUUCGUCAUCAUCUCCAUCGCGUGGUGCAAGUGGAAGAUGAACAAGCUGCUGGGCUCCACCAUGUUCCUUCUCUACUUCAUCUUCCUGGUGCUGAGCGUGAUGCUGGAGGACCGCAUUAUUGUCUGCCCCGUCUCCAUCUGA